UAAAUGAUACAAAUAAACGAGUAAUCAUAUUUAAAUAAAAUCAUAAUCUGUUCUUAAAAGACAAUAAUCAAACCUAAGUACAAAGAUUAUAACGAAACAAAGAUGUUGGUUUGUAAUGAUCUGGUUUUGUGUGAGAUAAUACGUUUGUAAGUAUUUUAUGUUCAUGUGAAGAGCAAGUGCAACCGUUUUCGAUUUUACUAAAAUUAUGAACUUAUUUGUUUUUUAAUUUUAUGAGAUUGGAGUUUUUUUUUUUUUUAAUUUAAUAAGAAAGUAGAAAAAUCGUUGGUAAAAAACAACAGACACAAAAUCUCACGUGGCUGGUAUGCGGAUAAGCCACAGCCCAACGACCACCUGCGACCUCGAUAUUCCACCCCCUUUUCCUCUUACUCUCUGCUCUUGUCUCUUUGUCCUGCCCUGUUUCAGACUCUCCUGGAAACACACUUCUGACUCUGUACUAUAAAACGAAACAAAAGAUAAUGCCAUAGCCAACUUUUCCAAUGGAGGUUCGGAGGCUCGCUAUUCUCUCUUCUCAUCUUUGCCCCUCCCGUUCCGGCUACUUCCCCGCCCGCUCCUCAACCCUUUCUGCUUCCGGUUGCGCGUCCGAGAGGCGGUCAGUACUUGAUUCCAGCCACGAAUCUUUCCGAAACGACUGUGUUUUCUGUCAAAUUAUUCGCGGUGAAUCCCCGCUCUUAAAGCUGUAUGAAGAUGAUAUGUCUUUGUGUAUAUUGGAUACCAGUCCUUUGAGUCGUGGGCACUCACUUAUUAUCCCAAAGUCUCAUUUUUCUUCCUUGGACACAACUCCACCAUCUGUUGUAGCUGCAAUGUGUUCAAAAGUUCCUUUUAUUGGCAAUGCAAUCAUGAAAGCUACUGGUUCUGAUUCAUUCAACUUGUUGGUUAACAAUGGUGCAGCUGCAGGUCAAGUUAUAUUUCAUACUCAUAUUCACAUAAUCCCUCGUAAAACAUGGGAUUGCUUGUGGACUUCUGAGAGUUUGCACAGGCGUCCCCUAAAGUUAGACCAGGAAACAUCAGGUCUUGCAAAUCGUGUUCGAGAAUUGUUGAUAAACAUUUCUGAAGUGAGCAAGGAUCAAGUGUCGAGUCUCUCUUGAAAUUUAAAUGUGACACAUAUCUAUACCUUUACCAUACGAGCUUCUGUACCAUACAUGUAGAUAGUAAAGGUAAAUGUUGCUGGAGCCAUCUAGCGUCAUGUGCAAGCAAGCUACAUUAGUUGUUUAUGAAGAUGAAAUUAAGGUGAUUUAUGGUUUUAAAGAUGAAAUUAGCUGCUGCUAUGUAUGAUUAAGUGUUCCACGGAUUGAAAUCUGUCAAGCUGCACCAAGAUAUAUUAAAGUAAACCAAACCCCAUGAAAGAAGAAUAAAAUUCAGCAUGAGCCAUAACAAAUUGUUGCAUUUGAAUAGCUGAAGUGGUGACACUUUGAAGUAACAAAGAAGUUGCUCCAAGUUGGAUGAAGAAGUCGGGAAUUAAAAAAAAAAAAAAUAGAAGCUGCUCCAUAAUAGAUAAUGCGAGGGUGAUAACUUAAAAUUCUCUGCAACGGAUGUUAACUUAAGCGAUAAAAGAAUUUUAUUUUUAUUUUCGUUAUUUGAGUUUGAACUCAUUAAAAAAAUA